AUGGACAUACGAAAGUGGCUAGACGAGACAGUGCAACCGGAAGCACCGCGCGAGCCCAAUAACCUUCAUCAGACCGCAGAGCCUGCUAAACGGAAGCGCCGCCGCAGAUCAGACAGCUCCCUCCUCGAUCCCCGUCCGCCUGCAUCCUCUCCGCAUAAGCCAGCGGAGGAUAGUGCUGACGAGGCGCUCCAGGCGACAUGCAGCGACAGCUCUAGCAGCAGUCGAUAUGCGCGCAAACCUCGUAGAAAGACGCGUCCAGAGCGGUAUGAGCCACAGUAUGCGCCAGGUUCCCAUGCCCAUCGCGACCGUAAGGACAAAUCAAAGAAGUCGCGACGCAAGCCUCGACGCAAGAACGGCGAGAAGGCACCUGGUGUUAUGCAGACCUUCCAGGCCACGAACAUAUCUGGGGAUCGGCUGACCUUGAAGCCACGGGAGCAGCUAGGCCUCUUCAACAAGGGACGGACAUCUACUGCAAUCAAGGGCCGCGGGUUGCCCGAUCUGGUCUUCUCGGAGAUGAAGUUCUUGCAACAGCACAAAGACGAACCAGAGCCUGUCCCUCGAUCCGACGCGUCCAAAAAGAAACGCAAGAAGGACAAUGAACAGAUGAAGGAAGGAGAGAUCUCCGCUUUCUUUACCUCAGCGCGACCGGCAUUAGUCGACAAGGACACGAACAUCCUACCGCAGCAUCCUGUACCAAAGACUAAGCGGCGUCGUCGUGAUCAAUCCUCGGUUUUGGAAGUAGAGGCCCUCGCCAUGAAAGCAAUAGCUACGUUUCUUGGUCAGAGUCAAUUCGAGCGCCUAGCACGGCGCCCGCACGCCCUCACAUAUCUCACAUACGUACCAGUUCGCGCGAUGUAG